CUUCUGAAGCGAGCUCCGUGAUUCGACAAUGAAAAUAGACAUGUCCAGUGAGGCUUUGCCUCUUAAGUCUCAGCUGUACAAGAAUGGGAAACUGUUGUGCACAGGUGAAGCUUGUAAGAAACAGAGUGACUAUAAGAAGGCGAAGGAAAAUUGUUCUUCUACUCGUGGGCCUUGACAAUUCUGGUAAAACUGCGACUGCCAAAGGAUUGUUGAAAGAAAAUAUGCACAGCACUGUACCAACUGUAGGAUUUAGUUCUUACAAUCUUUUUUAUAAGGGAUAUACUGUUGUUAUUUAUGACCUGGGAGGAGGUCCUCAGAUUAGAGAUAUCUGGUCCCAAUAUUAUGUUGAUGUGCAUGGCAUAAUUUAUGUGAUUGAUGCUAGUGACACGUCAAGGAUCAAUGAGAGCUGCUCUGUUCUGCAAAGGCUUCUUACUCACGACAAGCUAAAAGGGAAACCUCUCCUCCUUCUAGCUAAUAAGCAGGAUGUUGAUGGAGCACUUGAUGAGAUUGAUGUUGUAGAAAGACUUAAUCUGGAGGCCAUAGUCAAUGAACAAAAAUGUCCUACUUUGGUAGAAACCUGUUGUGCUGUGCCUCCUCCAAGUGAUUCUAAGCUCCGAAAGGCAUACCAAGAUCCAGGAAUACAGAAUGGUUACAGAUGGAUUUUGAACAUAAUAAUCAAAGAUUACAAUGCCUUAAAUAGCAGAGUUGAAAUGGAUUCUAAAAUUGCUCAAGAUGAGCUGAUGGUGGAGAAAGAAAAUCGCAGGAAAAGGGUAGAAGAGGAGCGUAGAAAAAGAGAAGAAAUUGAGAGCACUGUAAUCAUUCCACUUCGAGACAGUUCUCCUGAAAGUUGUAAAAGCAGAAUCAUCACUGUCCAGUCUUCAUCGGAAGGCAUUGGUACAGCUCAGGAACCAAUAUCUGAAGAAGCCGCACACCCCUCUGAUUCACAGGACAGUGGGUGCACAGAUCAAAAUGGAUUCGUGGAAGCGGAUGCAAACUCCUUGAACACAAUCAAAAGUACAGAUAGUGCUGUCAAAUUCGAUGAUAAAAUUGAAGCAACUGAAAAUACAAAGGAAAAAAAACAUUUUUUAAAGAAGAAUUUUAUGAAGCGCACAAACAGAACUGCUCCUGCCAAUGUACCCCAUGAUGAAACAAAAGGUUCAGGAUCACAACCAGCUGCGAGACAUAGAUUGCCCCCUUUGACUCCACCUCCCAACCACGUUAAAAUGUUUGAAGUUAAGUCUUCUAAACGAUCCAGACUUGUUACAUCUAUGAGUCUGUCAUUUGAUAAAAGUGAGUCUGAGCUAACUGAUGAGGAUAGGUCCCUUAAUUUAGUCAGUUUUCCUUCAGAUUGGAAAUUAUUGAAACAGUCAAAAGGACAUGAAGAUGGUUUGAACGGUUCAAAUAAUGAAGACAGCUUUGGAAAAACGUUUGUUGUUUCCAGUGGUGCUCCUACCUUAGUAAAAAAGUAAUGAUAAGCGUUUUUUACUGUAUGAUGAAUUGCGAAGUUUAAAGGAAAGACUUGCUGAUUGAGUUCACUGCUUCUGGACAUUCCCUUUGUUACUGAAAUUCAUAUCCGUACUUGCGAGCACUUGUCCAGAAGGAUUGAACUGCCUAUCAAGAUAUCGCAUAUGUUUUGUGAAACAUAAGUUUUAUACUACUGACUUGGUCCAACUACUAUUAUUAAUUCUUUGUCACUAGUCUUUGUGACAUAUUGUGUACAUCUAGUCAGGAAAAGCAUCUAGGUUUGUAACUUGUAGAUACUUUUCCCACCCGUUAUUGGCCAUCUGUAACAUAUAGAAUAAACUCAGAGAAUGACAAAGAGGUAC